AACGCGAUCGGCGAACAUCUUCGCACCGCUCCGCCCUUCCUAGCUUUACGAUCGGGAAAUAAACAAAUCCAUUUUUUGAAAAACCAUGGCCAGGUUGAACGCUCUGCUGCUGCCCCUUCUUUUGUUUAUUGUAGCAUUUGUGGCGCACACGUCGUUGGCCACAGUUCAGCCAAAGGCGCCAAACUUCCAGUACUUCGAAAGGCCCAAGUACCGGUAUCCCUAUUAUGAUGAACAUGGACGUGGAAAACUUCUCUAUGGCUACGGUGGACCAGAAUUGUACCAGUACAAAACGUACACGCCACUAGAGGGCAUACACUAAGCUCUUUUUUUACUUUUUAGAUGCAUUGUAGCUUUUAAUUUAUAUACUCCGCUUUAUUUAAAUUAAACGUUUUUUAUUUACUUAUAACGUAUACAAGCUAUGGCCAACUUGAAAAACAGAUGGCGCUGAUAGUAUUAUCAGACUCUUUCCAGCACUGUAAUAUAAUAUGGGCUCAUUAAAAUAGCUAAAAAUAA